AACAGUGAACAGCUGACGCUGCUGGAUGCAGAUAUCGUCGCAAAAACACAGGGACGGUGCAAAAGAAGAGGGUUUCUAUUUUGUUUUCGACUGGCAAUUGAGUAAUGGCCGGACUCCUACACCUGACCAAGCAGUGCAGCAUCCAUUUACCCGCCCACUUAGGUCGCGCGAAAUGCUACACGUUCGUUAAAGGAACUGGAAAACACGUGCAGGCAAGAGUGCUUUACUCUUCUCUGGCAAAGGUGGAUGACCAAGGUAACAGCGAUGUCAAGCGAAAGAAGAUAACCCCGUUUACGCCCACGCCGGGCAGCAAGCUCCUAGGUGGAGUGUUCGGCAAGAAGGCCAAAGGUGGAGCCCCCGCAGCAUCAGCAAAAACAACAACGCUACAGCGGCAACGACCAUACCGCCCACAACAACAGCAAUCACGACAAUGUCAUGUUCAUAUAGGAGGCGGCAGCGAUGGCGGCUCCGGAUUGGGAAAGCUGGACGCCCCUGAGGUAACCUCCAAGGAUAUGCUGCGCGCCAUGAUGGCCUAUAUCUGGCCCAAAGAAGAUCCUCUAGUGCGAAAGCGAGUGGGCAUUUCUUUGGGCCUUCUGGCUGGCUCCAAACUGUUGACAGUCUGCGUUCCCUUCUUGUUCAAAGGAGCGGUGGACACAAUGACAACGCUAAACAUGGACACCGCUCCUGAUGCAAUACUCUCUACAGCCACCGCCCUAAUGCUGGGAUAUGGCAUUGCUAGAGCCAGUGCAGCGGGCUUUAACGAGCUGCGUAAUGCGGUGUUCGCAAAAGUUGCCCACCACUCGAUUCGGAAGAUCGCCAGCAAUGUUUUCCUACAUCUGCACAACCUUGAUCUGGCUUUUCACCUGAACAAGCAGACGGGAGCGCUAUCAAAGACUAUAGACCGUGGAUCGAGAGGCAUCAACUUUGUGCUAUCUGCUAUGGUAUUCAACAUAGUGCCAACCAUUUUCGAAUUAGCUCUCGUUUCAAGUAUCCUGGGAGUGAAGUGCGGUUUGGCCUUUGCGGGUGUAAGCAUGGGAUGUGUUGGCAUCUACGCCGCCUACACUCUGAGUGUGACACAGUGGCGCACGCAGUUCCGCGUCUACAUGAACCAGGCGGAGAACGAAGCUGGGAACAAGGCAGUUGACUCGUUGAUAAACUACGAGACGGUCAAGUACUUCAACAAUGAAAAGUACGAAGCAGGUUGCUACAACGAGGUACUGAAAAAGUAUGAGGCAGCUAGUCUAAAGACUAGCUCCAGUCUGGCCCUGCUCAACUUCGGUCAGAACGCUAUAUUCAGCAGCGCCCUGAGUUUAAUCAUGGUACUGGCAGCCAAGGAAAUCGCCCAGGGAAACAUGACAGUGGGAGACUUGGUCAUGGUCAACGCGCUGCUCUUCCAACUCUCGAUCCCUCUCGGUUUUCUGGGCAGUGUGUAUCGAGAAGUGCGUCAGGCCCUAUUGGACAUGCAGGCCAUGUUCACGCUGAUGAAUGUGGACAGUAGAAUUCAGACGGCGGCCAAUGCCCAGCCCCUGUUCGUGGACACCACCAAUUCCUCCAUCGAGUUCCGCAACGUGAGCUUUGAGUAUGAACCGGGCAAGCCUAUUUUCCGAGACCUGUCUUUUACUAUACCCGCCGGUAAGAACGUCGCCAUUGUGGGCGGCUCUGGAUCAGGGAAAUCCUCGAUGGUGCGCCUUCUCUUCCGGUUCUUUGAGCCAAACUCCGGUAAAGUUUUGAUCGGUGGUCAGGAUAUUAGCGCUGUGGAUUUGGAGAGCCUGCGCAAGGUUAUUGCUGUGGUGCCGCAGGAUUCGGUGUUGUUCCACAAUACUAUCGAGCACAACAUCCACUAUGGUAACCUGUCCAAGUCGCAUGCGGAAGUAGAGAACGCUGCCCGCAUGGCGGACCUGCAUGACUCCAUCAUGAGCUGGCCAGCACAGUACUCCACUCAAGUGGGAGAGCGAGGAUUAAAGCUUUCCGGUGGCGAGAAGCAGCGUGUAGCGAUUGCUAGAGCUAUACUUAAGAACACCCCCAUUCUAAUCUUCGACGAGGCUACCAGCAGUUUGGACUCUAUUACAGAGCAUAACAUUCUGCAGGCAUUGACCCGCGCUACCUCAGGUCGCACCAGCAUUUGCAUUGCCCACCGCCUUUCAACUGUCAAGGACGCCGACGAGAUCCUAGUUCUAGAGAAUGGACAUGUGGGCGAACGCGGCACUCAUUCGGAGCUGCUAAGGCAAAACGGUCUUUAUGCCCGCCUCUGGGAGACACAAACGCAGCAGUUCGACCCGACCCGGGAGAUCAAGGAGGAGGCGGAAGCGAAAAAGUCUCGAGGAGCUGCGUAGAAGAGGCUUCAACUUGUGCAGGUGUUUGUUCCAAUGUUAAAACCCUCCCCUUCGUUUAGCCCUCCCUAACCAACAAAAUUUUCCGUAGAAUCCUCCCGUCUCGGAGAUUCGCUAUUUAUAGGUUUAAAGUUUCAUUGUGACGUUUGUAAAUACAGUUGUAGAUAUGCGAUAA